GGCCUUGGUGUUUAGGGUUUAUCGCGAGUUAGAGUUUUAGGGUUUAUGAGCUAUGGCGGAGGACGCGCACGAGCUGGAGAGCCUGUGCAUGUCCUGCGGAGAGAAUGGGACGACGCGGCUGCUUCUCACGACGAUUCCCCAUUUUCGAGAGAUCGUUCUCAUGGCGUUUGAGUGUCCACAUUGCAACGAGAGGAACAAUGAAGUACAAUUCGCUGGGCAACUCCAACCGCAAGGCUGCCGUUUCACAUUAAGUGUUCCACAGCAUGACUUAAAGGCCUUGAAUCGCCAAGUAGUGAAGUCAGAUUCGGCUACAAUCAAGGUCCCAGAGUUGGAUUUUGAAGUGCCACCGGAAGCCCAGCGAGGAGUUCUUUCUACAGUGGAAGGAGUUCUCCUCAAAGCUGGAGAUGAUUUGGAACGAUUGCAAGAAGAGCGUCGGAAAGUGGACCCUCAUACUGCGGCUUCUAUAGACGCGUUUAUCCUCAAGUUAAGGGCGUAUGCUAGAGGUGAACAGGCUUUCACAUUUUCACUGGAAGAUCCAUCUGGGAAUAGCUUCAUUGAAAACCCGAAUGCACCUAAAGAGGAUCCAAUUUUGUUGCGCGAGCACUACGACAGGACGCAUGAGCAGCAAAAGUCGCUCGGGUUUUUGUCCGUAGAUCACGAAAACGAAGACGGAAAGCAAGAAGAAGAUGUUGUCGAGGAGUUACAUGGGGCCGUUGGUGCUAAGCUUGCUCAACAAGCUAUAGCACAGGGGAAUAGCGAGCAGAUUUCUGCUGCACUUUUCAAGUACACGGCUCCUGAGGAGGUGAUGACUUUUCCAGCCACUUGUGGAGCUUGUGCGGGACGAUGUGAAACACGCAUGUACAUGACAAAUAUACCAUAUUUCAAGGAGGUAAUAGUGAUGGCAGCAUCUUGCGAUACUUGCGGGUUUAGAAACUCCGAAGUGAAACCUGGUGGAAGCAUAUCAGCUAAAGGAAAGAAAAUAUCUCUCGCCGUGGAAAACCAAAUAGACUUGACAAGAGACUUGAUCAAAUCAGACACAGCGGGAGUAGAGAUUCCGGAGGUGGAACUUGAACUAAUGCCCGGAACACUUGGCGGUCUCGUCACGACAGUCGAAGGACUAGUCAAGACAAUCUCUGAAAAGCUCAAGAGUGUCCAUGGAUUUGAAAUCGGAGACAGUGCGGAGAUUGUCACAAGACAAAAGUGGAUGGAAUUUGAUGCCAAAUUGCAAGAUUUACUGGAAUUGAAAAAGUCAUGGACGCUUGUUUUGGAUGAUUCCCUUGGCAAUUCAUUCAUCGCUCCAUGUACGGAUUCUUCAAGCGAUGACAAUCAAAUAUCUGUUCGAGAAUACGAGCGCUCCUGGGAGCAAAACGAGGAGCUCGGCUUAAACCACAUGAACACUGGAACUUCUUAAGAAAGAGACGAAGUAUCUUUCAUUACGUCUCACAAACUUGUGAAGCUUACUACAAAAAAAUUGAAUCACAGCUCACUCGAAGAGUAUCAAAAUUCC